UGGCCAUCCACCUCAAGAUUGCGGCCCUUGUUUGGCGUAAAUCUCGUUGCCCCCCCGCUGAGCGCUUUUCCCACCAACGCUCACACCCGCAAACAGCAGUCCCAGUCUUCCGCUUGACCCAGCCAGUGUCCACUCUACCCGCUAAGAAGCAGACCCCACUCAGUCUCCACCACCAGAUACACCAAUCCACAUCCCAAACGGUCCUCUGUCGCGACAUUUCCGAAAGGGUCCCGCCGCGUCAUCUUUCCGCCGUCUACUCCCCACUUAACGCGCAAUGGCGACCAGCAAGUCCGCCAGUUACGACUACCUAAUCAAGCUGUUGCUUAUCGGUGACAGUGGUGUCGGGAAAAGUUGUCUCCUCCUCCGGUUCUCCGACGACUCCUUCACGCCGUCCUUCAUCACCACCAUCGGUAUCGACUUCAAAAUCAGGACGAUUGAGCUCGAUGGCAAGCGUAUCAAGCUGCAGAUUUGGGAUACGGCGGGUCAGGAGCGUUUUAGGACUAUUACUACGGCAUACUAUCGCGGUGCCAUGGGUAUUCUGUUGACAUACGAUGUGACCGACGAGCGUUCUUUCAACAACAUCCGAAACUGGAUCCGCAACAUCGAGCAACAUGCGAGCGAGGGAGUAAAUAAGAUACUGGUCGGAAACAAGUGCGAUAUGCUGGAGAAGAAGGUGAUCAGCAAGGAACAGGGACAAGCCCUUGCAGACGAAUACGGCAUCAAGUUCUUGGAGACCUCUGCUAAAUCCAACAUCGGCGUCGAAGAGGCUUUCUUUACACUCGCUCGGGACAUCAAAAAGCGCCUCAUCGACACAGCGCAGGACAAACCGGAGAAAUCGGCCGCGGUGAACGUGAAUGCGGAACCUGUGAACCGACAGGGCGGGUGCUGUGGGAAGUAAAUGGGAUGGGAAAGACUCUUCCGAUUGCCGACACAGACCGAAAUGAAAAAUAUAGAGAUGUUCCGAUGUUCCCUACCUAUUCAUUGAAGAACGCAGACAGGUCACGAAAAUCGAUACAGCGCGAUGGGAAAGAAAUAUGGCCAAGCGCCGCGUGCCCUUGUUGUUGUACGGACCGAUUGAGCGCACCACUUCCACCACCCGUUAGCCCCAUCAUGCUUUGUGUGAACACCCUCCCUCUUCCACCUUCGCCACGCACCCCUCCUUCCCUCCCUAUCCUCUAUCCUCCUUCCCUAUCAAACCCUCGUGUGCAAACCCUUGUGUACGUUUUCUUUUGUUGUGUGGUUUCUUUUUGUUUUGUUUCGCGAUUAUAAAAUGGGACAAAGUUCCAACACCACCCUGUGUUCCUCUUUCUCGUCGUGGCC